AUGGCGCCACGCCGACAGUCUCAAAGACACCCGAGCCACGCGCACAGCGUCGCAGGGCCCGUCUCGUUCCUCAACCCCACCAAAGCCUACAUCAAACCUGCCGAUGCCCGUGACGGCCAGGACCAAGUCGACCCGUCUGCCAAGUCGGAGGGAGCGGACGCCAAGCCGGGCAAUGGUGGGCCCAUCAAGCCCACUGAUGCGGCGCCGGCAGCCGCAGCUACGGGUGUCUAUCACCUAUGGCGCUCUCGCGACAAUCGCAAAGGUCGCCACGCCAUCAUCGUGCCGCCGCGUCGUGGUCAUACGGCGAAUGGUCCCACUGCAGUGUCGCACCCAGACGUGUCGAAUUCCGCAAGAGGGGUGAUGCGCGGUCUCUGGAAGAUGGUGGCGUGCUAUCCCGUCUGGGAUGUCAGUUACGACGUGGCCACGAUAUUCACACUCGGCUCGAUAAUAUGGGUAUUCAAUGGAUUUUUCGUAUGGCUACCCGAACAGAGCCCCGAUACCGAGUUUGGCGGCGAGGUAGACUAUGGGGGCGGAAUCACGGCUUUUAUCGGCGCCACCAUUUUCGAGAUUGGCUCCGUGCUGCUCAUGUUUGAGGCCGUCAAUGAGAGCCGGACGCAGUGCUUUGGCUGGGCGCUGGAGGAGGCCCUCGAGGACGGACUGCGCCUUCGGCCCCGGCCAGGCAAUUGCUCGCACCACCACGCCGAGACCAAGUCGCUGCUCACGACGCAUCGUGGUCGCGAUACUCCCGCCUCAGCCGAGAACAGGUCUUGGGCAUGGUGGCCCACGCGGGAGGAACUGAGGACACAUUACUUUAGAGAAAUUGGGUUCCUGGCCUGUCUCGCGCAAUUCAUUGGCGCCACCAUCUUCUGGAUCGCCGGCCUCACCGGCCUGCCGCCCAUCUACGAUGCCUUAUCCGUGCCGGUUGCCAACGGUAUAUACUGGCUCCCGCAGGUCGUGGGUGGCAGCGGUUUCAUCAUUUCGGGCUGGCUCUUCAUGCUCGAGACGCAGCCCAACUGGUACCGACCCGCGUGGGGGACAUUGGGCUGGCACAUUGGAUUUUGGAACCUAGUCGGGGCUAUAGGGUUUACUCUGUGCGGUGCCCUGGGCUUUGCCAGUGAGAAUGAGUCAGCCGCCUAUGCUUCGGUGCUGGCCACGUUUAUCGGAUCUUGGGCUUUCUUGAUUGGAAGUGUGAUUCAAUGGUACGAAAGUUUAAACAAAUACCCAAUCAAUAUCAGCAAAAAGGCAUCCGCGAAGUACGAUUCACCAGAUGAAGAAGAGGAGAGUCAAGAUUCAUGA